AUGAAAUUACGCCCAGGAGAUAAGGAGGGCUACUACGAUGCUAAUGAAAUGGGUGGCCCACCACUAACUCCGGGAGGUGGAAGCAGAUAUUUUGAUGGACAAGGUUACACAGGUCGUCAAGACCCAUAUGCAAAUCAGAACUUCCGCAGCGGAACACCAAUGUACGGUCAGGAUUAUGGCAAUCAGCCACAGCCGAUGUACAACAUGGAUAUGAAUCGCAGAAAUAAUAUGGAUGAUGGAUAUGACCAAAACUCGGAUGACUACGAUUUUCCCUCAAGAAACCCUGGUCAAAAUAGCUGGGAACGGUAUGGAUCAAACAAUCCUUCAUACGGGAACCGAUGGAAUGACGCAGAUGACCAAUGCAACAAUAGCAGGUUUAACAGAGACUGGCGCUAG